AUGCCUUACACGCCGCCCUCUCACCGAUCUCCCGCCUCCUCAGCGACUGCUUCACCAGAUGUGAGCCGGCGCUCAUCAAUCACCUCAGGCCAGAAGCCCUCGCUACCUCGCUCAGCCUCGUACCUCAGCAAGAACCGUCGAACACCGUCCGCACCCCCGUCCGUAGAGGCUCACUCUACACCAUCCCCUCCUUAUGGCUCUUCCGAUGAAGUCAAGAACGCCGGUACACCUCCUGUGAGCGCCAGCCUGCGCAAGUCACCCCCGCCGGUGACUGACGACAGGGGAAUUCCCAAUGCUGCCAUCAUCUCUCCGCCUGAUUCGGCGUCGUCGGAUAGCGAGGAUGAGAGCCGUCCGGAAAUUCGAGGGAGGAAGCUGGGGAAGCUCAGGGAUGCCGUCAGCCAGAUCCCCCAACCCCGGACACCAUCACCCCCGAGCAAGGAAUCAAGGCUAAGCCCUGGCGAUGUUACUCCUCGGAGCAUCAUGCACACUAGUUUCAGCGCCAUGUCUCUGAGUGAUCUUCCCAAGUCGGGACGCCGAGGCCAUGUCCGGUCUGCAACUGAUCCCAAUGUGUCGGCUAUCAUGACAUCUGCCGAGAACUCCCAGACUGUCUCGGAGGACUCGGAAGACGACCUGAGGCCUAAGCCGCCGAUGGUGCGCAAGAAGUCUGGCGAGCUGGUCCGACCGGCUCUGCGGGGUAACAAGCGGCCCUCAAGCAUGCCUGGCACUCCCGUAUUCGCCAAGGCCGUUCACUUCGACUCUCACUUGGAACAUAUCCGCCACUUCCUUCAGGUUGACCGGCCACUGGCCGUCAGUGCGGGUUCGUCACCAGUCGAGAACUACGACAGUGAUGCGGAGUACCCCUUCCCGGGAGGCGAGAAGAGGACCGUUGCGCGAUCACCGCCAUUUGACUGGCAGCUCAUCACCAACAACUUCCCCCACGACUCUCCUCUGCGUCGAGAGCAACCUAAGUCGGUUGUAUGCCGCUUCACCAUGGACUAUUGGAAAACAACUUCAGAGGUCGUUGCCGAGUUUAGCCACGAGAUCCGGCCCAAGGUCACCCGCGAUGGCCAAGACCGCUUCAGCUUCUCCAUCAAGUUGUCGGACACUGCCAACCUGGAGAUGAAGACUCUGUAUUUCUGCAUCCGCUACAACGUCAACGGCCAGGAGUAUUGGGACAGCAACAACUCUGCCAACUUCCAGGUUGAUUUCCGGAAGCAGUUCAAGCCGCAGAACGGUAAGAACGGCUUCCAAGGUGCUGUGUCUCGGUCGACCAACAGCCUACCGCGGAGCAACCGCAAGCAGACUCCUUCUGCUCCCGGUCGGCCCGCGCAACAUCAUUCGUUUGAGAAUUUUAAUGAUAAAACACCAAAGUUUAAGUUUCCUGCUGAUGACCAAAUCCACGACUACUUGGGCGAAUCCAACACUCCUGGCCUCCGCCUCAAGACCAAGUCGACCAGCAACUUGGCUAGUGAUAACAUUACCAAGGGCCUGGGCCUAACCGCUCCCAGUGGACUGGCCUUCGCCAACCGUUAUGAUUUUGGCGCCUCAUUGAGCGCUGCCGUCCAGGCGGCCAAGGACUCUGCGGCCAAGGACAAGGACGCUCUCUAUAUGAAGAGAAACGUCCGCGACAGCCCUACGCCAAUGACCUUUGGCCCUCCUCUGAGCGCACCGCAUGCUCCUCAGCCCAGCCAGGCCGCCGCUUCACCUGCUGCCGCCGCUGCUGCUGCCGCUGCCACUGCUGCGACUCCCUCCUCGCCUAAUGUAGGCCUUGGCCUCGGCCUCGCCAGCUCUUCCUACGAAGAGCUCGUCAGUAAAUACUGCUUUUUUGGUUCGAAGCAAUCGACUACGACGGCGGCGACUAAUGGAACGACCAAGAGCGAAGAGAGCGAAGGCGUUAGCCCAACUACGGUGUCGGAGGCGACGAUGGCUCACCCUCUUCACCACACCGGCCCUGCAGCUCACCAUAGCCUCCACCACCCCAUUGAUAUGAAGCUCACCCGGCCCCUGACCGCCGAUUACCUCGCGGCAUCGCACUCAUCUCCUCUCGACUCUAUAUCCUCGGUCCUCAUCAGCAGGGACCAGUCGUCGACUCCCAAGUCGAUGACUCACAUGAGGUCACCAUCACCGUCCUUUUCCACAUCCCCAACUGAUGCUCCAUUCUUCGCGCAGCAGAUGAUUCAGCAGCGAUUCCGCUGGAGUGCAGAGCCUCAUACUGCUACCGCCAUCCGAGGCUAG